ACAAACGGCGAGCGCCCUUUUUGGGAGCAGCAGAGGAACCGACGGAGCAGAGCAGAGUAAAAUCAAACAUGAGGCCGAACAUGGCUCCUUUGGUGCUGCUUGCUGUGUGUUUUCUUGGUCUGUGUGAUCUCUCACACGUGGAGGAGAUGAAGAGCCGGGAGCGACUCUUACUCAGCUCCCUUGGCCUCUCCGGGCGGCCCCGGUCCGCAGGGAGCCACCAGCCCCGACGCCACGUCCCUACCCCGCUCUGGAAGAUGUUCCGGAGGUCAGAGAACGUCCAGACCCAGGAGAGCGAACCCUGCAUGGUGUCAGAAUACGGAGUCCGCGGCAACAUCAUCAGAUACGUGCAAGACCAAGGCAGGCUGAUGUCUGGGUGGAGCAGCAGCUGUCAGGCCUGUCUGGAGAAGCAGCUUUUCUUCAACAUGUCCGUCCUGCAGCCUGUGGAGCUGCUGUCUCUGGCUCAGCUGGAAGUCAAGUUCCACUGGAAACCCUUCAGAUCUGCAGAGCUCCUGCAGGGACCCCGGGCCCUCAGUGUCUCUCUGUAUAAAGUGAUGAGAGCCACGCUGAGGGGAGCCAAUCCCCAGGCCAACCGCAGACUCCUGCUAUCCCAGUCGGUCCAGCUGCAGCCUGAACCCACGUCCAUCACCAUGGACCUCACCUCGUUGGCAGAGAACUGGCGCAAACCAGGACGCAACUACGGUUUGGUUUUAGAGCUGCUUCCUCUCAGCGCAGAUCCAGAGGGGCUUCUUCCUUUUCACCCUGGGAACUCCCUCCCAUUGCAAUCAGCCUUCACCCUGCCACUGAUCCAGGCCUCACUGGUGGCUGUGUCCCUCAACCCCCACCAGUGUCGCUCCAGACAGAGGAGAAGCGCCGUCCACCUCCCUGUGACGCCCAGCAACGUGUGCAAGGCCCGACGCCUCUACAUCGACUUCAAAGAUGUGGGCUGGCAGGACUGGAUCAUCGCUCCGCAGGGCUACAUGGCCAACUACUGCCACGGUGAGUGCCCGUUCCCACUCAGUGAGAGCCUGAACGGCACCAACCACGCCAUCCUGCAGACCCUGGUGCACUCUCUGGACCCGCACGGCACGCCUCAGCCCUGCUGCGUCCCCAUCCGCCUCUCCCCAAUCUCCAUGCUCUACUACGACAACAAUGACAAUGUGGUGCUGCGACAUUACCAGGACAUGGUGGUGGACGAGUGUGGGUGUCGAUGAACCUGACAUUUCGGAUUGUAUCUUGAAAAUGAAGCGUUCUCUAGU